AUGUUUAAAUACUUCCUAAACAAUUAUUUAAUUUGUUUAAGCAAAAGGUUAAGAAUUACUUUAACUAAAACGGAAUUAAACAUUUUUAGUAAAACAGUAAUGGCCACAACAAAAACUAAAAGUGAAUUAAAUGUUGAACAUAUACCAGCAAAAAAAAUGAAAGCGGAAGAAGAAAAACUGAAAAUGAGUAGGACAGUGGCUACGAUGUGUGGUGCAUGGAGACCUGAAGAAGAGUAUGGAGGUCUCAUAUUUGUAUUUAAAGAGCGUCAGGAAGCCUUAAGUCCUACUCCAAUGAAUGAGUGUGAUUUUCCGGAGAACAUUGAAGACUUUUGGGAGGCAACUCUUGGCGAUGGCUGUGAAAUUCAGAUUCAAUAUGGCGAAGACAAUGUUUUAGCAUGCGGCGACAAGAUUUGA